AUGAACGAUGAAAGACAACAUAUACGUUCACCAAUACCAUUAGUGGAAGGUGAAAUUGCCAGUGCACAAGGUCCUUCUCGUCGUCGACAUCGUCAUCAUCAUCGUCAUCAUCAUAGUGAACAUGGUAUUUUUGGACAAGUACAUCAAUGGCGUCAAGCUCAUGGUCAUACGAGAGCUGGUGUUGAUGGUUAUGGUCAUAUUAACGAAGAUUUAAUCUUCAUUGAACGUGGUGAUCAUAGUCCACAUCGACAAGAACCACCAGCUGGUUAUGAAUAUAAGGGUAAAAUUGAAGUUCAAGGCAUUGAUAGAGAAAUUCGUUCACGAUCUCAUGGUGCAAGCGCAAUUGUUGCACCACCACCCCCACCAGCUAUUCCAAGAUCUCAACCUGUCGCACCAACUUCAAGCUUUGGUCCUUGUCCACCUGGUUGGCAACAAGUAAUUUUGACAGCUGCUCCUGGUGGACCAUGUCCACCUGGUACAGUACCAUAUACUGCGCAAACAAUAGGAGCUACUGCCGGAACUCAAACAGGCAUAGGUAGUUUUGGUGCAGUUGGAUCAUUUGGAGCAGCUGGUUCUGGAUAUAGUAGUUCAGGAGCUGGUCUUCCUUUUUCAUCACAAUGUCAAUUGAUUGCUGAUUAUAUAUUUGCACCGAGUACUACUGGUAUUAGUACAACAGGUGGAUAUAAAAAACAUACUAGUACUGCCAUUGUUGAACCAUUUCAAAGUGAACAAGUAUUAGAACGUAUUUCUGGUCGACCAACAAUUAUUGAAGUUUGGCAAAGACGAUCGAAAUCUGAAAAACCUGACAAACCACGUUCUGGAUCUCGAUCUCCAUCUCCACCUCGUCGUCGUUCACGAACUCCAAUAAUAGGUCCAUCGUUUGAUUUUGAACGAUUUCGUAGUGAAAUUCUUUCAGCUAUCGAACGUAUGGUACCACGUGCAGUAACAGGGCCUACUGAAAUACAAUGGACUGGACGUGAUGGUGGUACACAAACUCAGAUUCAUCCAAGUACAGGAGGUGAAACUCGAAUAGAACGUGAAACACGAGUAGAAACACCUGGCGAAGUUCGAGUUAUUGUACAACCAAUUCAACCUGUCUUUUACAUGCCUCGACAACCUACUGUCACACCAAAAAUAGAAAUUACACCGCAAAUUGGUCCUCCUCCUAUUAUUCCACAACAACAACCAACAACUCCUAGUGCACCUAAUGUUGUUUACGUUCCACGUAAUGUUUACGUACCUGUUAUUAAACCUGUUUUUGUUCCACGUGAACGUAAGCUAUUGAUUAUUUGAUUUUAUUCACAAAAAUAAAAAU